GGGCGAAGGCAGGAGCGCGGCUCAGCGGCUCCGGUGGGGCCGAGCCGAGCCGAGCCGAGCCGAGCCGCGCCGAGGGGACCAUGCCGUCCUACACCGUCACGGUGGCCACGGGCAGCCAGUGGUUCGCGGGCACCGACGACUACGUGUACCUGACCCUGCAGGGCACGGACGGCUGCAGCGAGAGGCACCUCCUGGACAAGCCCUUCUACAACGACUUCGAGCGCGGCGCGGUUGACUCCUAUGAUGUGACUGUGGAAGAAGACCUUGGAGAAAUUCAGCUAAUAAAAAUUGAGAAACGAAAAUACUGGUACCAGGAUGACUGGUACCUUAAGUAUAUCACUGUUAAAACACCAGUGGGUGACUAUUUGGAGUUCCCAUGUUACCGCUGGAUUACAGAUGAAAAGGAGGUUGUCCUUCGAGAUGGAAGAGCAAAGCUCCCCCGAGAUGACAAGACUCAGAUUCUCAAGCAGCACAGACGCAAAGAGCUCGAAUCCCGUCAGAAAAUGUACCGCUGGAAGGAGUGGCAUCCAGGCUUUCCCCUGAGCAUCGAUGCCCAUUCUCACAGUGAACUGCCUCGUGACAUCCAGUUUGACAAUGAGAAGGGAAUUGACUUCAUUCUGAACUACACAAAAGCGAUGGAAAAUCUUUAUAUUAACCGUUUCAUGCACAUGUUCCAGUCCUCCUGGAGUGAUUUUGCAGAUUUUGAGAGGAUCUUUGUCAGAAUCAGCAACACAAUCUCUGAAUAUGUGAUGCAACACUGGAGGGAAGAUUUUAUGUUUGGCUACCAGUUCCUGAAUGGAUGCAAUCCUGUGCUGAUCCGGAGAUGCACAGAGAUACCCAAGAAGCUGCCUGUGACCAUGGAUAUGGUAGAAUGCAGUCUGGAGAGGAACCUGACACUGGAGGAGGAAGUGAAGCAAGGAAACAUUUUCAUUGUGGACUAUGAGCUGCUUGAUGGUGUGGAUGCCAAUAAAACAGACCCGUGCACAAUACAGUACUUGGCUGCACCCAUCUGUCUGCUGUAUAAGAAUCUGGAGAAAAAAAUUGUACCCAUUGCAAUCCAGCUUGGUCAAAAGCCUGGACCAGACAAUCCCAUCUUCCUUCCUUCAGAUGCCACAUAUGACUGGCUGCUAGCUAAAAUUUGGGUCCGCUCAUCUGAUUUCCACAUCCACCAGACAGUGACCCACCUCUUACGGACACACUUAGUCUCAGAGGUGUUUAGCAUAGCUAUGUUCCGGCAGCUGCCUGCUGUACAUCCCCUCUUCAAGCUCUUGGUGCCACAUAUGCGGUUCACAAUAGCCAUCAAUACCAAAGCCCGAGAACAGCUUAUCUGUGAAUGUGGCCUUUUCGACAAGGCAAAUGCUACGGGUGGAGGAGGACAUGUACAAAUGGUGCAGAAAGCAAUGAAGGAUCUGACUUAUAGUUCCCUCUGCUUCCCUGAGGAUAUCAAAGCUAAAGGAAUGGACAGCAAAGAGGAUAUCCCCUACUACUAUUACCGGGAUGAUGGCAUUAAGGUCUGGGAGGCUAUAAAGAGUUUUGCAGAGGAUGUAAUUCACAUCUACUAUGAGAGCGACGAGGUGGUGUGUGAGGAUGUGGAGCUGCAGGCCUUUGUCAAAGACAUCUAUGUCUAUGGAAUGAGGGGUGUGAAAGCCUCAGGGUUCCCUAAGAUGAUCAGGACACGAGAGACACUAGCAGAAUAUCUCACAGUGAUCAUGUUCACUACAUCGGCUCAACAUGCAGCUGUGAAUUUUGGUCAGUAUGACUGGUGCUCCUGGAUUCCCAACGCCCCACCAACAAUGCGCUGCCCUCCUCCAACAGAAAAGGGCACAGUCACCAUCGAGCAAAUUGUGGAGAGUCUGCCAGACAGGGGACGAUCUUGUUGGCAUCUUGGAGCUGUCUGGGCCUUGAGCCAAUUCCAGGACAAAGAACCCACCAUGGAGGCCCUGGGAGUGACCACUGUUUUCUUGCUGGUAUGCAUCUCAUGCCUUCUCUUUGCCACAUGGAGAAGCAGAUCUCAAAAAGGGAAGGAGCCUCCUGGUCCCACUCCAUUCCCCAUUGUUGGAAACCUGCUCCAGAUAAACCCAUGGAAUUUGCCUGAAAGCAUGAAAGAGCUCAGUGAGAAGUAUGGUCCUGUCUUCACAGUACAUUUGGGCCCACAAAAGGUUGUGGUGCUGUAUGGCUAUGAUGUUGUAAAAGAAGCUCUGAUUGAUCAAGGAGAUGACUUCAGUGGAAGAGGCAUUCUACCACUGAUUAAAAAACUCUUCCAAGGCACAGGCAUUGUGACCAGCAAUGGGGAGACCUGGAAGCAGCUGAGACGAUUUACACUCACCACCCUGCGGGAUUUCGGGAUGGGGAAAAAGGGCAUUGAGGAGCGAAUCCAGGAGGAAGCUCAUUUUCUGGUGGAGAGGCUCAGGAACACACAUGAGCAACCCCUCAACCCUGGCAGUUUCCUAAUCCAUGCUGUUUCUAACAUCAUCUGCUCCAUCGUCUUUGGGGAUCGGUUUGACUAUGAGGACAAGAGUUUUCUGACUUUAAUUGAUUGGCUGGAGGAAAACAACAAGCUCCAGUCCUCUAUACAAACACAGCUAUAUAAUUUCUUCCCAAAUGUCAUGGAUUAUUUGCCUGGACCUCAUCAACAACUGAUAAAAAAUAUUGAAAAAGUUGAUAAAUUUACAACAGAUAUUGUAAUGGAACACCAGAAAACACUGGAUCCCACUUGUCCUCGAGAUUUUAUUGAUUCUUUUCUUAAUAAAAUGGAACAGGAGAAAGGGAAUGAUGACUCAAAAUUCACCGUUGAGACUUUGAGCAGAACAGCACUUGACUUGUUCCUUGCUGGAACAGGGACCACAAGCAUCACACUGAGAUUUGCAGUUCUGAUUCUCCAUAAAUACCCAGAGAUAGUAGAGAAAAUGCAGAAGGAGAUUGAUUCUGUGAUCGGCCGAGACCGAAGCCCUCGCAUGUCGGAUCGGAGCCAGAUGCCCUUUACAGAUGCCGUGAUCCACGAAAUCCAGAGAUACAUUGAUUUCCUUCCUACUAAUGUCCCACAUGCUGUAAUCAGAGACAUCAAGUUCAGAGACUAUUUUAUCCCCAAGGACACUCUGAUAUUCCCCAUGCUGAGUUCUGUCCUACAUGAUAGGAAGGAAUUUCCAAAUCCAGAAAAAUUUGACCCAGGACAUUUCUUGAAUGCAAAUGGUACCUUUAAAAAGAGUGACUACUUCAUGCCAUUUUCUACAGGAAAACGCAUCUGUGCAGGAGAAGGUCUGGCCCGGAUGGAGAUAUUCAUAUUUUUAACAUCCAUCCUGCAGAACUUUACUUUGAAGCCAGUUGUGGAUCACAAAGACAUUGACAUUAGCCCAGUAAUCACCAGUCUGGCAAAUAUGCCCCGACACUAUGAGGUCUCUUUUGUUCCACGUUAGCCAAGACAGUUUCCAGCUCCCAAACUCAUGAGUGCUCUGGCUGAAUGACAUUCCCCAAUCUGCUGAGAAUGAAACUCAGACAAUUUGGUAGAUAAUUUAUGGAGAGAAGAGUGCUUAGAAAAUUGUAUGGUGCUUUUAGAAUCACCCCAGCCAGCUCUUAACAGAAUAUACAAUCACACAGGGAAGGACACAGUACCCUGUGCAAAAUUACAGAUUUUUCUCUGCAUCUACCUCACCCAGCUGUGGUUCCUGUCUGGCUCCUGACAUGCCAGGCCAUCUCCACUAGUUCUCUGAGGGCCCUGCUGCUGCAGUCCUUACCACCUGAGGGGUUCCAGCAGGAAUGACUGCUUGUACUCCAGGGUCUUCACAAACUCUGCUUCAAGUACCUCUCCCUGUACUUUCCGGGUUUUUUUGUAUUUGUAAAGCCAAACAUAAAACGAGGGUUUUUUUGUGGAAGAUAAUGAUCAUCUAUUGUAUUUGUGACCCAAGACUUACCAUCUACUGUAGUAGGGAUAGAGUUUAUCAAUGAUUGGGCAGAUGGGUUCUCUUCUGUGAUUACAAUGAGGGUUUGUGAAAUUACAAUUUAUAUUGCAAAAUAAAGAAGCAGUAUACUGAA